AUGGCAAAAGUGAAUUACUCUAUCUUGGUUCAAAAAGAAGGGAACAAACCUGACUUACUCUGUGGAAGGUCAGCUGACUAUAUUGUUUUGAGGAACCAUUUCCCAUUGCUUGUGUGUUUCAUUAUUGUUUUGGGAGGAUUUCUGAGGUCAUGUUUAAAGAAUUCCGAUGUCAUUGUCUUGAUAGUUCUUUCUCUAUCAGGAUAUUUCAUAGGACUACUGGCCUACAAUUCAGUUGAGGUGCACCAAGUAGUUUACCCGCUUUUGAAAACACCAAGUUAUUCACUUUUUUGUUAUUUUGCACCUUUAAUUAUAUUUAUGGCUGCUUUGGAUGUGGACUUUUAUAUACUCAAGAAUGUGCUUUGGCAGGUCCUGUUAACAGGAUUAAUUAGCUUUUCUACAGCCUUCCUCAUAAUUGGAUACAUCGUUCUGAAAUACAAUAAAGAUUCAUGGGAUUUACAGUCUUGCCUACUCUUUAGCAUGACCCUUUCUAUUACAGACCCUGUGUAUUCUGUGAAUUCACUGAAACGUUUUGGCGUUUCCAAAUUGUACACUGAUAUCAUUAGAGGAGAAUCAAUGAUCAUUUGUGGUUUCACAACCAUUUUUUUUGGAAAUUUUCGGACUAACUUAGUAAGCCCUUCCACCUAUAAGGAGUUUCACAUAAUCAUGGGUCUCAGCUUGGACAUUGUAGGAAGUAUAAUGUGUGGAUACUGGUGUGCAAGAAUCAUUCAGUUUAUAUUGACUGACCUUUUCAGCAACACACUGACAAACAUCGUUCUUUGCAUUUCCAUGGUGUACAUGACUUUCUACUUAGUGGAGUUUUUUGGCAUGUCGGGCAUUGUGACUUUAGCCACCGUAGGACUGAAUUUAGAUUCCUUAAGCUUUAAAGCAAGGAACGAGGUCAUAAUUAAAAAGUUCCUAAUGAUGUUUUCAUCUAUAUACGAACAUUUAAUAUAUACCUUCUUUGGCAUUGUAAUUGGGUGUGGAGACAACAUGUAUUUAGGAUUUCACACUAUAGUUUUCUUAAUUAUCUUAUUUGCAGCAGUGAAUCUUGUAAGGUUGUGUACUGUUGUGUUAGUGAGCCCUAUUCUGAUGCAUUCCAGUUAUGCAUACAAUUGGAAAUGGGCAAUUAUUAUAGCAUGGUCUGGAAUUAAAGGAAGUUUUAGCUUACUCUUGGCUCCUGAUGUUUAUAACUUGUCUGGACAAAGAAUGGAGUCACCACAAAAGUGUUUAUUUUAUGUACAAGUAAUAUCAUUAAUGACUAUGGUGAUAAACUCAUACUUGAUGACUCAUUCAGCCAGGACAUUAGGUGUGUGCGUUAUUGACUUCCCAAGACAAAUGGCCUUGCGAAAUGCCAUUAUGCACAUACAGGAGAUAAUACAAAAUACAAUAAACUUAUCUAAAGCAGAAAAAAUUUUGACAAAUGUUAAUUGGACAUUGGUAGAAGAAAAAACGAGGAUUGAGUCCAUCAUUCCUCUUUCCCAUGUUUCACCUAGUAAUGAAAAAGAGGAGGAGUCUCCAACAGAUGAAGAUUUAAUAGAAGAAGCCAGAUUGCAUGUUGCUAUGAUACAAAUGAGUAGCUUUGAAAAACAAUGCAAUGAUGGAUUCCUCAGCGUAGAAGCAGCCCGGAUAUUAAUUGGUGCAGCCAAAAGCUAUUGCUCCAUCCAAGGAAAAUUCAUGAGUAUUUAUGAUGUUUCAACUUAUGUAAAAGCUAGAAGCUGGCUUAUGAAGUUUAAAAAAGUUUUAUCUAUAUUAGAACAUCAUAAAAAUAAGGCACCUUCUACUCUUCCUACGAAUAAUAAAUUUAUGACUCUUGCAAAUUACAUUGUAUAUUCAGAUGAAUUUGAAUAUGCAGGAUAUAUUGUGGCAUUAACAUACAUUUAUCCUUUGAUAGUACAUCUAUCUCCAAUGACAAGAGAGUUAAAUGUGACAGCACUGCUGUUUGUAAACUACUAUUUUGUAUCUUUGUAUGUUUUAGAGUCAGCAUUGAAGAUAAUAACUUUUAAAAGGAAAUAUUUUUAUGACCAUUGGAAUACUUUGGAAUUUGUUAUCUUGGUUAUUGGAAUUGUUGAUAUCGUUUGUAUAUACGUUGUCAGACUGAGACCAGACAACUUGACUCUUAUCCAGAUUACAAUUAUAAUAGGAUAUUGCCGAAUAAUUAGGCUUACUCCUCUCAUCAAGAUAAUGAUACCACUACUGAUAAAUAUUGUGGAUGUGCAGAUCAAAAAGCGCCUUAGCUUAAUGUAUAGUAUUACAAAAGGUUAUGUCAAAAGUCAAGAUGAUACCAAAUUUUUAAUAAAACAGAUUUCUAGCCGAGAAUCAAUAUAUCAGAAAUUGUUUGACAUUUUGGAAACCAACAAACGAGAUGCUGUCAAAGAAUUAGGACUUAUAGAACAUGAAUGUCGUGAUGUUGUCAUUGCUUUGAAGACUAAGCAGGCUAUCCAGAAUGUGAUUGCUAAAGCUCUGAAGAACCUCACCUUCCUUUGGUCAAGAGGCAUCAUUGAUAAACACGAAGGCAUAGAAAUUAAUAAGGUACUUCUUUUAAAAAUAAAGGCACUUAAUAACUUUCCAAUGUCCAUUCCACUCCCCACUCCUGAGAAAUAUCUUCAUAAUAUUGUUUGGCUGGAAAAUAAAGAUGUUCUUAUUGAAUUCUUCAAGGAAAGAGCUAAACUUGCCUAUUUUGAUUAUGGAGAUAUCAUUUGUAAAGAAGGUGAAAUGCCACAAGGGAUCUACUUAAUUAUUUCGGGGAUGGCAAUUUUGCACAGUCCACUUCCUACCUUUGGAGUAAACCUUGGUUUAAGGCCUGAUACGGAGUCCAAAACCAUAUUUACAGAAUACUGUACCAGUGGAGACAUAAUUGGAGAGUUGAGCUGUCUGCUUAAGCAUGAAAUAGAAUAUACUGCCAUCUGUGAAACUACUUUACAGGCCUGCUUUAUCUCUCUGGAGGACUUAUAUGAAGGCUUUGAUGUCUUCUGGCCAUCCCUGGAAUAUAAAAUAUGGCUAAAGCUUGCUCUCAGUAUUGCCUAUCAGUAUUUUGAGUCAAGUCUCAUUGAUGAAGAUUUAAAUUUCCAGAAAUGUGUGACGCUCAGUCUUGCAUAUGUGGAGACUUUGUCAAGCUAUAAUGAAAUGACUGUUGACGAUAGGACCAUGAAGUUUAUUAUCAUUGUGUAUGGCAGUGUGAUUGAUACAAAGACAGAGGCACCCUAUUUUGCACCUUGCAUUUUACCUAAAACUUGUGAACAGGUUCAGGGAACUUCAGAUUUAAGCAAGCUGCUGGUUAUCCGAACAUCUGAGCCUUCCGCAAAUAAUACGGAAUCAAAUGUCAUGGCCUCAGUUAAUUCAACUCUUCGAAUGACCAAGAAAGAAUAUGGCUGGAAAAGAUAA